AUGAAGAAACCAGAGCUGGUUUUCAUUCCUUCAGCAGGGAUGGGCCACUUAGCAUCAACUGUUGAGCUUGCAAAGCUUCUUAUUGAUCAUAAUGAACACUUAUCGAUCACAGUUCUGAUCAUGAAGUUUCCCUUUGAAACAAAGGUGAUUAGCAACACAGAUUCGCAGGCAGAAGCUUCAGAUUCUCGCAUAAGGUUUGUUGAGCUCAAAAAAGAUGAGUCUGCUUCACAAACGGCAUCUCCUAGUUUGUUUUUGUAUCAGUUUAUUGAAGAUCAUAAAAACAGGGUGAGGGAUGUCCUUGCUGAAAUAUCUAGUUCGGCCUCCUUUGAUCUCGCUGGAAUCGUCAUAGACAUGUUCUGCACCUCCAUGAUUGAUGUAGCCAACGAAUUUGGGGUUCCCUCCUAUGUAUUUUAUACUUCUGGUGCGGCAAUGCUUGGUCUUGUAUUCCAUUUGCAAAGUCUGAGAGAUGAUUUUAAAGAAGAUGUCACUGAUUUCGAGAAUUCCAAAGUUGAAUUAGCUGUCCCGACUUACAUCAAUCUUGUUCCAGUUAAAGUUUUGCCAUCUGGACUGUUCGACAAGGAAGGAGGCAACAUGUUCCUUAAUCAGGCUAAAAGAUACAGGGAGACCAAAGGAAUCAUAGUUAACACUUUCCUUGAGUUAGAAUCCCAUGCAAUACAGGCUUUAUCCAAUGAUAAAACCAUCCCACCAGUGUAUGCAGUAGGACCUGUAUUGAAUCUUAAGGGAAGCAAUGGCCAAAAUCAAGAAACUGAGAUAAUUAUGAAAUGGCUUGAUCUUCAGCCUGACUGUUCUGUUGUUUUCCUUUGCUUUGGCAGUGAAGGUUGUUUUGAUGGUGACCAAGUGAAGGAAAUUGCCCAUGCACUCGAGCGCAGUGGAUAUCCAUUCCUGUGGUCAUUGAGAAGGCCCCCACCUAAAGGAAAGUUUGAGUCUCCAGGUGAGUACGAGAACCCGGAAGAAGUCUUGCCAGAUGGGUUCUUGCAGCGAACUGCAGAGGUCGGAAUAGUUAUCGGAUGGGCACCACAGGCUGCAGUUUUGUCCCAUCCUGCUGUGGGAGGUUUUGUCUCGCAUUGUGGUUGGAACUCAACACUGGAAAGCGUUUGGUAUGGCGUUCCAAUGGCAACAUGGCCACUUCAUGCUGAGCAGCAGGUGAAUGCCUUCCAGAUGCUGAAAGACUUAGGGAUGGCUGUGGAGAUCAAAAUGGAUUUCAAAAAAAAAUUUCUCGAGCCAAGCACUGAGAUUGUGGCUGCAGAUGUGAUUGAAAAGGCAAUUAAACAUCUGAUGGAUCCUGAGAACGAAAUCAGAAAGAAGGUAAAGGAAAUGAAAGAGAGGAGCAGGUUGACACUCAAUGAAGGUGGAGCAUCCUCUGCUUCGUUGGGAAGUUUCCUAGAUGAUGUGAUACAUUAUAUUCAAUGA